GAUCAGUGAGUAUUUGACGAACCAUGGCAUUCCCAAGGCAGAUCCCAGUCGUAGCAGGACCUAGCAAAACACAAAGAGAAAAAAACAUUGACCAGAUACUAAAGACACUCAAUGUCAUUAAGCAGAAGAUGACUGAGGAGUUACUGAGUUUGUGUGAAAAACUGUAUUCAGUGAUGAACUGUCACACUUUAGUUACAUCAGAUGAGGAAUCAAAUUCAAACGAGCAGCCGUUCAUACAGACAAAUGAGAACUCAAGAAGGUGGCAUCAAACCAGCCGUCGUUGGUGGUCCAAGCGUGAAAAUCUAGCUAACACUGAUGCCAGCAGGACAUACAAACUGCCAGCUCUUACUCUGGUUCCUGAACCUGAAUUUGAAGGAAGUGAUGGAGCUCAAGUUUUCCUUGGGUUGAGGGAUGAUGGCACUGAGGAUGUGAAUAUCGGAUACCUUGUUCUUGAGCUUCGUAAGUACACACUGAAGGAAUAUAUUCAAGAUCAUUUACCAGAUGACACGGCUGAGAGAACUUUGGUUCUGAAGAAGCUGGUGAAGGAAGUUCUCUGCAUUUUAAAGGUUUUACACGACCAGCAGACCAAAGUGCUCCAUUGCGACAUCAAACCCCAGAAUGUCCUGAUUGUCAUAACUGGAAAAGCCAGACUGGCUGAUUUUGGCAUAAGUCUUCGACUGAAACAGGAUGAAACAACUUUAAAAACAAGCAUUGCUGGAACUGAAUGCUGGAAGGCAAUGGAGACUAUAAAUGAGAAGUUCAACACUAGGGACAAGAGGAGCUCAGACAUUCAGGUUGCUGGGAUGUUAGUCUACUACAUUCUCUCUGGAGGACACCAUCCGUUUGGUGAAGAUGUGGAUUGUGAGUACAACAUUUCACGAGGAAGAUACUCACUGGAGCAUCUGGAUGAUGAUGUAGCGAAGGAUCUCGUUGAAUGGAUGAUCAAUGAAGAUCCAAUCGAGAGACCAACUGUGGAGCAAACCCUCGCACACCCCUUCUUCUGGGCUGAUGACAGGAGAGUGGAGUAUAUAAAAAAACUGGGAAACCAGAAAGAGGUCGAGAACUGUCGUAAUGCUGAUGAGGAGCUCCUUCAAGCUGUUAAAAUAUACACAGAGGGGAAAAGCUUUUCUAAAUGGAAAACUAAAUUGUCACCUGAGCUUGUCCAGAAACUGGAUGGUAAGAAGAAACCCUAUCCUGAGAACACACUGGGCCUGCUGCGAUUUAUACGCAACCUACACGAGCAUUAUCUAGAAGACGCAGAGAGCAUCAAUCUGAUGGCUUCAUUCCCUGAUCUGUUUGGGAGUGUGUUCAGGUUUGCGAAGGAGAGAGGAUGGAACUCCAGGCUGGGUCUGGAACCGUUCUUCAGCUCAGCUCCACAGAUCUGAUUGUUGUCAUUUUUGGUUUUCAUAUGUAUAUGACGACAUGGAUGAUCGUAAAUGGGAUCCUAGUGCCAGCCAGUCUGAAGCAAGUCCACCGACUAGCAGCUCUGAACAACACUUGCAACAACAAAAAAACCACUUACUGAUAAUUUCAACUCAGGAAGGAGAUUGUCAAAUUUGGAGCAAGUAACCAAAUUAAUGGUCAAAGACAAAGCACAUUAUGACCAUCACUUGACAUCACUUGAGGAAAUCAUCAGUAGAGACUUUGUUGGGUGGUCCCCCCCCCCCACUCAGGACAAAGCCCAGGCUCCUUCUAGACCUUUUGACCUUUUUGUUCCUCAGAGAACACGUCCUCACAUUAAAAGAACGACACAGAGACUGUCUUUUGCAUAUGUAGAUGCGCCAAAAUGAUCUCAAAAGGACUUAUAAACGAAUAUCAGUCCAAUGCAUAACUCCAUAUCGUGUAUGUAACCCACACUAAUCAAUCACAAGUCUAAAUGGUCAAGACACCAUUUGGGAUGUGUCCAACAGCCGAGUUUAAAGGGGUCAUAUGAUGUUUCUAAAAAGAACAUUAUUUUGUGUAUUCAGUGCAUUGUGAUUGGCGGAAUACCUCAAGCGUGUGACGGAAAUGUUACGCCCCUUACCAUGUUGUGAUCACAGUGUCUCCGCAAGAUGGCAGCAGCUGCAACAGUACUACAGAAUAAAAGUUACGCCUUCUUUCUUUGCAUAUACAUGUGGGCGGAGUCACGCAAAUCUUCCCACACAGUGAUGUAGACGUGGGGGCGUGUUUG